UCAACAAUACAACCCAUAUUCCUUCAAAUCUUCUUAAAACUUGAAUUUUCCCACCAGGAAAGAUCUGAGUAUCGCUGUUUCUAUAUCAUGGGUGUCCUUGGAACAAUGGCAAGACAUUUGGACACAAUAAUAGGGCCUGGAGUGAUGCUUCUUUAUCCUCUAUACGCAUCAAUGAGAGCAAUUGAAAGUCCUUCAACCUUGGAUGAUCAACAGUGGCUAACGUAUUGGGUUUUAUACUCCUUCAUGACCCUCUUUGAGCUUUCCACUCAUAAGAUCCUUGCUUGGUUUCCCAUUUGGGGAUACCUGAAGCUUAUGUUUUGCGUCUGGUUGGUACUUCCAAUGUUCAAUGGAGCGGCUUACAUAUAUGAGAAUUAUGUGAGGCAAUACAUAAAGAAUAUUGGAACUUCCAAUUAUUCUGAUGAGUACAAGAAGGUCCUUCACAUGAUGACCUUCGAUGCAAGGAAAGCAGUUGAACGCUAUAACGAUAGAUAUGGCCCUGAUGCCUUUGAUAGAGUAGUCAGAGCGGCUGAAAAAGAAGCAAAGAAGCGAUGAGUGAGUGACUAUCGAUUUGACCAAGUUGGAAUGAAACGAACGUCAACAUUGUGAAAUCCAUACUUCUUUCUUUGUAUAUUUUAACAUGAAGGAGACGGAGGAGUCUCAGAAUUAUUGUUUAAUUAAACUAAAUGGCUGCGAUUAUAUGCUUCAUAUAUUUUAUGUGUACCUUCCAUGGAUUAAGAAUGUACGUAAGAGCAUUCGAUCUAGUUUGAUAUAGUUAUUUUCUGAUUUA